AUGAACAACUUUGACGACGAGCCUCCAGAAUUGGUCGACGUGCACGAUGUCGCACAGCAAAGCGUACCACCCCUUAAUGCCGCCGCCGAACCACCAGCUUUCGUUAAGUACAAAACGCCUGAACGGAUGAUCCCAUCCACCGAACCAUCCUCGUUGACCACCAAAGUACCGAAAGUCCCUAUCACCAUCGUCACCGGUUACCUCGGCUCAGGGAAAAGUACGCUGUUAAAUCAUAUCUUGACGGACCAGCACAAUAAGAAAAUUGCGGUAAUCUUAAAUGAAUUCGGAGACUCGGUCGAUAUCGAGAAAUCCCUUUCUGUUUCCUCGCAGGGAGAACUCGUCGAGGAAUGGCUGGAACUAAAAAACGGGUGCAUGUGCUGCUCAGUCAAAGAUAAUGGCGUAGCGGCAAUUGAGAACCUCAUGACUAAACGUGGAAAGUUCGACUACAUUUUGUUGGAAACCACAGGUGUUGCUGAUCCAGGUCCGAUUGCGAAUAUGUUUUGGCUCGACGAUGCCCUCGGUUCUGAGAUCCAGCUCGACGGCAUCGUCACUGUCGUUGAUGCAUCGAAUAUUGUACGCUCACUCGACGAUAUCCCGCAAGGCGCCGACAUGACGACUGCGCAUCUUCAGAUUUCACAUGCGGAUGUGAUUGUGUUGAAUAAGAUCGACCUGGUGCCGGAGGAGAAGUUGGAGUCUGUGAGAGAAAGAGUUAAGGGCAUUAAUGCUAUGGCAAAGGUACUGGAGACGAAGUACAGUAAGGUGGAGAAUCUGGAUGCGAUCCUGGAUUUAGGGAGUUUUGAGAAGGUUGGGGAUUUGACAACAAAGAGACCAACGGGUGGGCGGAGUUUCCAUGAUCCGGCAAUCUCGACAGUUCUUCUACCCUUGCCAAAGUUGACCAGCGACGCUCAACUCGAGCACCUCGAGUCAUUUAUUCGCUCACUACUGUGGGAAGGCAGCAUACCUACCUUGCCAUCGUCGCAACAGCAGGAUGGAACAGUCGAGAUCCACAGACUAAAGGGAAGAAUAGUUAUGAAGGAAGGACGAAGAUGGAUUUUGCAGGGCGUACGGGAGGUGUACGAAAGUUUCCCUCAAGAGGAGGGGCAGGAUGUCGGGGAUGGAAAGAUUGUGCUUAUCGGGAAAGGACUUGAUGAAAACCUGUUGAAGGAAGCAUUGAGCGCAUGGUUGGUAGAGGUUGAUUAG